AUGAUGGCAACGGCAGCACUGUCGUCGGUGCACAAAGCCGUCGUAGUCGUCACCUCGGCCCUCCUUAACGCCGGCGUCCUCGUCGUCGCCCUCGUCGCCGUCACUAUCUUCUAUGCCUACCCGUACCGCGCAUGGACUCUGCCCUUCCGCAACCUCCAAGGCCCACCCCCGACGUCCUUUGUCUAUGGUAGCUUCCUCACGCACGGGCUCAGCCCCAUGGGCAUGGCCUUCAAGCCGUGGCUAGCAAAGUAUGGCGCGACGCUCCGCUACCGCUCCCUGCUUGGCACGUGGACCAUUGUCACCGUCGACCCCGUCGUAGUCGGGUACAUCUUCAACAACACACGCCAGUUUCACCGCCAGCCCAUGUUCAACGCGUUUGUCGAGCGUCUGUGUGGAAAGGGAGUGCUCUGCGUCGAGGAUGCCGACCACAGGCGACAGCGCCGUGCCGUGUCCUCGGCCUUCUCGGCGUUCAACAUCCGUGGCAUGGCCCCCGUGCUGUGGGAGAAGAGCUACGAGCUGGCCAGCGUGUUUGGCAAUCUGGUUGGCAAGGGCGAGGACAAGAACACUACUGGCACCAUCGAUGUCCACAAGUACAUCCAGCGUGCGACACUCGACAUGAUCGGGCUCGCCGGCUUCAACUAUGACUUUGAGUCACUCAGCGGCAACAACAACCCCAUGUCGACGGCGCUGUUCAGCUCGGUGAGGUUGCUGCAGACGCCGUCGUGGAUCCGCAUCUUCAGUGUCCUUUUCCCGUCCCUGCUUGACGUGCCAAGCAAGUUCAAGACGAUGGUCACAUAUACCCGCCGCCUCCUCCACGCGGCUGGGCGCCAACUUGUCGCGGGCAGGAAGAAGGAACUCGAGGCCGAGAACAUCCAGGUCAGGAAGCGUACCCAGCUGGGCAUGGACGCCGUGUCGCUGCUCGUCAAGGCCAACAUGGCUUCCGACCUCCGUGAUGACCACCGCCUUAGCGACGACGAGGUUCUGGGCCAAAUCGGCGCCCUCUUACUCGCGGGCAACGAGACGAGCGCGACUGCGUUGGCUUGGGCCAGCUGGCACCUGGCUCACAGACCCGACAUCCAGGACAAGCUGCGGGCUGAUCUCAACUCGGUGGACAACGACCGCCCAGACGUGGAGCGCCUUCAGGGCCUCGGCUACCUUGACCAGUUUGUGCACGAGCUCCUCCGCUUUGACUCUCCGGUUCAUCGUGUGCAGCGCCACUGCGUCGAGGACACGGUCGUGCCCCUCAGCAUUCCUGUCAAGGGGCGCGACGGCAAGAUGAUGGACUCGAUCAGGAUUUCCAAGGGCUCCGAGAUCUCCGUUGCUGUCAACGAGAUCAACCGAUCCACGGCUAUUUGGGGUCCCGACGCUGAAGAGUUCAACCCCGAACGCUUCUCAAAGGCUGGUAUCCCACUGGCCAAUGUCCCCAGCGUCUGGGGCAACCUCACCAGCUUUGGUGCGGGGCCGCACAACUGCCUCGGGUACCGCUUUGCCCUGAUGGAGAUCAAGAUUGUCCUCGUCCGUAACUUCAAGUUUGAGCUCGACCCCGCCGACCCAGUGGUCGAGCGCCGCGUGCGCAGCUUUACGACGCGCCCCGUUGUCGCUGGGCGCGAGAGCGAGGGUAUCCAGAUGCCCGUGGUGCUCCGUGCCAUCAAGGGCGACUAA